AUGGGGAGGAGAGGGCAGAAGAAGGGUGACGGCGGCGAGGGCGACCAGCCGGCGGUCGUCUCGGAGGCCACCCGCAUCCGAAUCGCCAAGUGCCUCAACGAGUUCCGCGAGUCCGACUCCGAAGGUUCCGUUCCCUUCCUUUUCUCUCCGCUUUCUUCCUCUUCCUCCGCUCUUCAUGACUGAGCGUUGCUUGGGAAUUGGAGAGAUAUUUUUCUUCUUCUGUGAUAGCUGGGCCUUGAAGCUAACGUGUGCGAACUCUCGAUGGUCCGUCGUGGCUUCCGAGUUAGCCGCUGUCUCUUUGUGCUGGUCGCUUUCUUUCUCUUUAUUGGUCUUGUUGUUGUCGUCGUUGCUGCUCUUCUUCUUCUUCUUCUUCUUCUUCUUCUUCUUCUUCUUCUUCUUCUUCUUCUUCUUCUUCUUCUUCUUCUUCUUCUUCUUCCUGUGUUUAGUGCUACUUUAGACUCUCACUGAGGCGUAUGGGAGUAAAUUAUUCGCUUUAAGUGCAGUCUGAAGAAUUUCCGUUCUCCUCCGAGGGUAGGGCUAUUUUCUUCAUUUGUAUAUGGCAUCUCUUCCUUGUCUUCAUCACCCUUCCUAAUUCCUCUGCUACGAAAGCAAUGCGCCUUCCCGUAAACCUUGGAUUCUCAAGUGCUCCGUAAACCUUGGUCUUAUUGAGAGAGUCAUCUCUUUGAGUGUUUGCUGUUAGAACCAGGGUGUAGGUGUUUUAGUGUAGCUUGUAUGCAUGAAGGGCCAUUCGAGGUACUUAUUUGAAGCUUAGAGCUUUUCUUUUACAAUACUGAGUUCUUGAAUUAUUUUUCAGCUGUUGUCCACAUAAAAAAAUAUUAUUAUAUUUAUUUUUCCAUUAUCAUCAUUUUUUCGUGAUUUUUUUGACAUUUACUAAAUCUCUUAUAGAUUCAUGUAAAAAAUGAAUAUUAUUUUGACAUCUCUUAUAGAUUCAGUGUAUGAUCACCAUGAUAACUAUACUUGUUUUUCUGUAGAUAUUACUUGAUAUUAAAAUGAAAAUCUUCUGCUCUCUUUGCUCUCUCCUUUUGCAGUGUAUACAUUUGAACCGGGUUUGACUAAAUAUGAAAGGGCUGCAAUACACGAACUUUGCAGAAAAAUGGGGAUGAUUUCAAAAAGCUCUGGGUGAGUGCUAGUUCCCAGAAAAAAAAAAAAAUCGCGACUUGUUUUCAGAAAUUGUUAAAUGUUUCCAAGGAGACUGCAUUCCACAUCUAAAUUGCGUAAUCUGCUUUGAAUUUCUUCAUGUUUUAAUCUUGAAAAGUAUUGUCAUGGGCUUAGAAUAAAAUGUUCUCUGGCUGUUUGAUAUAUACAUAGAAGGACCAAGUUUCAUGCUCCUGAACAUAGUCAUGCGAUGAGCGGGCAGUUACAUGUGUUAACAAGCAUCGCUUGAGUUUUCAACAAUGGAUCAUCCAACAACUCAUAGCCAUCCUUCCAAAUCUUACGGGUGAAGCAGAAGAAUUCAGAUGAAAGAGCAGUAGUUAGUAUACGUUAUGAUUUGUAUCCUAGAAGAAUGCCGGGUAGCAUUACUUUUUGCAUUACUGCCUCCAAAUUCAGAGCAUAAAAGUAAGGCAUCGAAAUGUUGCUUCCUCUACUUAGUUUGUACCAGUUGGGAACUACUUGAUCCAUCUAAAAGGAAUUAUUUAAUUCUGUCAAUAAGAGUAUCAUAAAAACACAAUGUGGUGCUAUAUAUCGAUUGAGCUGGCUUACUCAAGUGACUUAGCUAAGGUAUGCUUGGUAGAAUGGCUCAACAAUGGGCCAAUAUGGGCUUUUACAAUUCUAGACUGUUGCCAGCGGCAUGACCCAGGUGACUUUGAUUUGCUUAUCUGAAGUAUGUUGACCAGCACAGGUAGAUGGGUUGAUCAUGUUGUGUGCUGAGGAUAAUGUGGCUUUCAGACUCCCGAAGUAAAUGUAUGUCGAUGCAUCUGAUCUUAAUAAAAAAAUGUAAACGGUGAUAUGUAAUUUUAUAAUGAGAAUGAGGGAAGUUGAUUGAGCAAAAGGAGAUUAGAUAUGGAAGCUGGAGUCUGGACUAAACUAGAAUUGUCACUAUAGUAGACUGAGGAGAGGGAUAAGGGAUGAGAAAUAGGAAGAGGGAGGGGAUAAAAACAUAUCAGAUGUGGAACAUUUCAUCUCCCCGUUUGUUGUACGGGUUAUAUGCUGCUUGAUAGAGGAACCUGGUAUCCAGAAAACCAUUUAACUUUUCUUUCCCCCUGAUGGGAUAUGGAGAGACCAAUCACGAGGACAGUAAAAUAGACAAUCAAUGAGGACAAGAAAAAUAAGGCAAAGAACGUACCUUUGUCACCAUGGGCACGUUCUCGGGCCUGCUUAACAAGAGUAAAUAUGAAUGCAGUGUUACGGUGUUACCUGUCUGAUGGAACGGUCUCAGGUUGGAAAGAGUAAAUAAAAUGUUGCUGGAUGUAAUUGACACAAGCAAGCCGCAGUCUAGAUGACACAUUACGACAGAUAAAUCAGUGCUACAUGAAAUAAUGAUACAAGCAGCGUGAUGAAACCCAAAUAUACAAUGUACUAGUAUUCUAGUCUCUUGGGUAUUGGCUCUGUAAAUAUCCCUAUUAUGCUGAAAACGAAAAAAUUGAGAGUGCCAUUCAAAUAUUCAAUUGAUUAGUAAGCUAAUAAAUUAGUUGCAUCAACUGGGUACUUAGUUUUCUGUUUUUAGAUUUCUCGAGUGUUUCUGUUUUUCUUAGAGUUUGGGCAAAAUAAUCGAAUGGCUGUCGCUCUAUACACUCAAGCUUCUUUGUUGCUUAUAUUGGUACAGCUUUGGAGAACGCCGUUGUUUGUCUGUGUACAAAACCAAGAAGAAUCAAGCUCCAAUAAAGAAGGAAGAAAAUGUUACAUCUUUACAAUUCUCAGAAGAGACUAAAUUAGUCUUGCAAGACCUGUUUAUGCGAUAUCCUCCAGGUGAGGAGCAGAGCGAAUUAACUCUCAUUAGCACUGGUAGUGGUAGUAAAAGGCGAGGAAAUCAAGAUAAUAGUUUUGAAAGGCCUUCAAUGAGUGAAGCAGAAAUUGCAAAGAGAUUGCACACACUUGCUGCUAAAGUAGAGGAGACUCCUCAACUGAAAAAGGUUCCAAUUUUUUUAUUUUUUUAUUUUUUUGGUGAAAUUCCGUUUCCUUUUGUUGUUUGCUUCUUUCAACAGAUUUAAGUUUUUAUUUACUACAUCUGUAGUUAAACCAUUGUUUUAUCAAUGCAAGAAAUGUAGUUGCUAUUAUAUACUCUUGGUAUGAUUUCAUGUACAGAUAUUCUGUUCUUUCUCUAUCACCAAAUAUAUGUGAUGUGAUUUGACUAAACUAAACGUUAAGAUGAUCAAACUAUCCCCCCUCUUAUCUCAGUUUCAUCUCUCUCUCUCUCUCUCUCUCUCUCUCUCUCCCUCUCUGCGUCUUUGUGUCUGUACAUAUACAUCCUACAGCUGUCCUUCCUCCCUCCUCCCAUCUUGCUGCACCAUGACGCAUGACUUUGUGGAGGAGUGGGCAGUGAUGGGGCUCCUUGUCAUUGGUGGACUGCUGCCUCAGACUUCUCGGCUGCAGCCUGGUUGCAAUCUGGUGGGAGGGGUAUAAGGAGGAUCCUACUAUUGGGUUGAACUACCCCCUGGCUGCAGUCAACCCUCUUCUCAUCACUUUGAAGAAGCAAGUGGGGAACAUGGAACUUGAAAAGCCCUGCUCAAUUCUUCUCUUCCCUCUGACAUCCAUCUUUAUUGCGGGAGAAACUAAAAGGGUCCUGGGUGCUGGCUGAGCUACGGAAGGUGGUCAACUCGGCCUUUUGUGCCACACGUAAUUGUGAAAAAUUAAUGUUUCUCCGGCAUUCCUGCACUUUUGUAGCUCCAAAUCUGACUCGUAAAAUUAGAGUCUUGAAAUAUGAGCACCCCUGGCUGUAAAUAUUUCAAUACAUGACAAGAAGUCAUGAAAGGAGAGUUGUUCUUUUGUGAAAGCAUGAAGAAAGAGGCUCGAAUUGUGCAAUCCCCCUGCCUCCCCAGAAUGAAAGGGGUGACCUCAUUGAUCUAUAUUAAAUCUCACCGGAAUUGCCCCUCUAUCCUUCUGAGUAAAAGCUUAGUUUCAACUCCAAUUCAAACAGGAGUGUGCCAUCCAUCUAAUGGGACAAAUUGAUGCGAUGAGCAUAUAUCCAAUUUCUUUACAGAAUUAUUAUUUAUGCUUUUUCUGGGAAACAUAGUGCAAAUAAUCAUGUUUAGUUGAGCAAAGUUAUUUCGUGUUAAUCCACGCAGGUUGUACAAGAAAGGGCUCGGCUUCCAAUUGCCAGCUUCAAGGAUGUUAUAGCAUCAACUGUGGAAUCUAACCAGGUUCUUCUCUUUUGUUAUCUUCCUUUGCCUUUUUCAUUGACAAGGCUGACAUGGGUUAUUAUAUGUUUUUAAUAUCUGACUAUAUUUAUUUAUAUUCUUGUAUUGGUUGAUCUGAAGUAUUACUCCAAGUGUCUACUUCUUAUAGUGCUUUGAGUCAGUGAUAAACUAUUACUUGAGGCUGUGAUUCAUAUGUGGUCCAUUUCCUCUAAUUACUGAAAAAAAGUGGGAUUAAUUAAAAAAAUUAUGAAAUUGAGAUUUACUAACAGAGCGAUGAGAAGUAUCCACAUAUCAAAACAUGUGUCGAAGGAGAAAGAAGCAGCUAAGACAUUUCGACUACACUCAUUUUAUAUCUGUGCUCUCUCUUUUCAAUGCAACCAGACUGCUAAAACUCCACAAAUACAACCUAUGAUGAGUAAGAAAAGGCUGUAUUCCUAAAAGGAAGAAGUAGAUACGAAGAUCUUAUGCGUUGCUUGACAGCUUAAACUCCCAAAAGCAGAAUCGUAAAAAGUAGCUUUUGUUUAUACAGACCUGUUCCGUUUCUUCCUAAAGGUUCUGCGAUGUGGGUGUUGAGGUAAGCAUUUUUGAAUCAGUAACAAGUGCUUAUAGAAGUGCCAGGUGUGGGGAUAUCCUUGGGUUGAAGGCUCGGUCGAAGCUUUUAGUCAGGAGAACACAUGUGUACCAGGAUUGGUGUGAUAUCAGAUGUUAGAGCGUUUUAUCGAUGUCUGAAUCUUUUAAUCAGGAGAAUACAAUAGAGAAGCAGAGUUCGGUAGAUGUGCAUCAGGGUUGAUCUGAGAUCAGAACAGGCGAGAGAAUGGAUGGUUGAGAACAUAGGGGUUCCGUCCAUUGUUCGGAUAGCAAAUGGGGCAGAACGGUCGCCUGGGUGAUCCAUUCCUUGUUCUUCUCAUUCUUUAGAUGAUCCACUGUAUCCUAUGUUCAUGUGACUUAUUUAUUUCGUAAUCACGGAUCUCCUAUUGAUCAUAGCCAUAGUUGGGGUAAGAGUGAGGGGGCAUUAUGGUCAUAUAAAUAAUAUGGGUAGUUUUAUAUGCAGCUAUGAUGGGUUCAGGAUGAAUGUGAGAGUGCACUUAUUGCUGAUAGGCCUUAAAUGACUGGAUCCCUAAUUCACAUGUUGAGAACCCUAAAUGUCUGUUUUCUAGCCAAGUAAGCCAAUCUGAUUUGAACCUAGGCCAGUUGUCUGGGAUCGGGUUUCUCUCAUUCUGAACCUUUGCCUCUUACAAACAUCUCAUUCUCUGUACUAUUAUUCCCACUUUUGUGUUUCAAAGAUAUUUAUGACCAACUUUUUUGGACGACUGUUCCAUGUGUCUCCAAGUGAACAUCGCCGCAAAUGAAAGUGGUAAUUCUGUGUAUUUCACUUUAAUAAAUGUUUUAUUUACUUAUACACUCAAAUUCUAUGAAAUAAAAGUGAUGCAAUUAGCUAAAUAUGUUGACAUGAUUCAACCGUAAAGUCACAUAUUUCCUUAUACAUAAAGUGGUUCUCUGCAACUGCAUUCACUUUCUUAUUUGUAUUUCCGAUGAUAAUUUAUUUUCGUUCCAUACGAUAUGCAGCUUCAACCUGGAGAUGCUCUCAUGCUUACCUUGUAGAGCUUAAAUUCUUCAAACUCUUAUUUCUUUUGGAUCCGAAUCUGAGAUUAAGUUUUGCCCUGUAACCAUUCAGGUUGUGCUGAUAUCUGGUGAGACCGGUUGCGGUAAAACCACUCAGGUUGCGAGCUCUUUGCUUCCCCUUCUUUCUGGUACAUUUAUGAGAACUAAAUGGAAAUUACUUCCAGAAAAAUUCUUGUCUGAAGAUCCCUUGUGCACUUUGUGGCUUCUGAUAUGCGUUUUUUCAUAUAAUUUUUUUCACUCUCCUGUUAUUAAUAGAGUUGAUUUUCUCUCUUUUGUAUUUAUGAACCUAAAGUCUCUCUUCCAUGCUUGUGAUUGAAUCACAAUCCAAAGCUAGUCACUGAGGCAUUGUUUUUUCUUUUUCAGUAGCUAAAUUAGCUGUUUUUGGAUGAUGAAGGAACUUGAUUAUUGUGGAUAUGAAGGUAUUAAACAUGGGACCCCAUUUUCUGAGACAAUCUGCUCAAGCAUUGACAAAAUUAGUGAAAGCAUCUAGUAUGCAAAUUCCUGAAAAUUAAUUGAUCAAAUGCCCUUAUGCUUAUGCUUUGAGGAUAUUUUAAAACAUUUAUGGAAGUUUUUUGAAAGAGCUCUGGUCCUAUCAACUCUUUGGAUAAAAAAAAAAGGAACAAGUAUAGCAAAUUUUAUCCUCCCAAGAGACAAUAUGGUUGUGAAAAAUCAUUGGUAAUUCAAAGUUAUUGGAAAUCGAAUUUACUUGUGUAUCUUUGUUGCAUAUAUAUACAUACCAAAUCCGAUUGGUUGCAUUACAUUCCAUUACUAAUCUUCAAGACAGAAGGAAUUAUACUGAAUUUUCUAUUUGGAGGGUAAUUUUUUGUUAGUCCCCCAUUUAGCCAAAACAAUUGAAAUCAGGAACUUGGCCUUUAUGGAGAGGGAAUGAUUAUCUCUAAAAUCAGACUAAAUGAAGGCAACGUUGGCACUGCAAACGACAACUAGAACGGUCUCUGCAGCAAAGCUUGAGACAAAUUCCCUCUUAACCUCCUAAAAUAUAGCAACUACUGCAUUUAAUUUGCUCCCCUAGCACCAACUGCUCCAAAAACAAGAAGAAAAAUGAAGAGUCGGGCUUCAUUUGCCAUGAGAAAGAUGAGGGUAUUCUCAGCAGUAGCAAAAGAAGGAGAAAUGGAGAAAAAGACUUCCAUCUGCUGCACGCUGAUGCUGCCAUUUCCUUAACCCCAAAAUGAUUCUUGUCAUCAACUAAUUCAGACUGCACUCUAGGGUUCUUGGUCCAGUUCCAGCUAUUGGCGGAAGGGGGGAUGCAGAGAAGAGAGAGAAACUCAUCUCUAUUGAGUGCUGCUGUUACUAAUCUCCCUACAAGGCAAGAGUUCUGAUUAGAAUGAAGGAUAACAGCAGAGUAACUAACGGAGAAGAGGAUCAGGAAACAAAAAAAAAAAAAGCCUAAUCUGUAGAUAUCUGCUGUUGCUGUCUUUCCCUCAGUUCUAACUGAUUCACCAAACUAGCCAGUUCAGAUUUGAUUUGGGGGUCAUUGUUCCAGUUCUAGUUUACGGAGUGAGUGGCAGAGAAAAGGCAAAAUCAGACCAUUGGCUCUUCUAAGAUCUGACAUGGACUCCUCUGUCAUAGGUAAGGAAAUAUUUGAUGGCUUUAAAAAUAAAGCUUGAAUUUAAGGGAUUAUUGAUUUAGUAUUCUUUUCUGUUCGAAAUGAUUAUUGAAUUGAACACUUGAAUUUUUUGAUACAACCAUUUCAUAAGAAGUCGUAAGAUGCUAAUAACAAUCAUUUCGACAACCUUGGUUGUUUUUCAAUGUUGUGCUUGAGCAACUUGCCUAAACAGUUUGGCUGCAUAUAGAAUUUUCUCUUUCCAGGUUUCAAGUGAAUUAAUUAUGCGUUAUGCUGUCAACGAGCCGUAGAUAGCUUUGUUUUCACUGAUUGUUCAUAGCUUCUCCUUCCUAAUCGCUGCUGACAACCUGAUUUUAAUUACUCAGGUUCCGCAAUACCUAUUGGAAUCAAUGUGGGGUAAAGGCAAAUCUUGUAAGAUAGUGUGCACCCAACCUAGACGAUUGUCAGCUAUAUCUGGUUGGUGUUUGCGAGUCAUCUGAUCAGUAGGUAGAUCUCCUAUUGCUACCUUGUAUAUUCUCAUGUUUUAGUUUUUCUGGUGCAGUUGCUGAGAGGAUAUCUUAUGAAAGAGGAGAAAAUGUUGGGGAAAAUAUUGGUUACAAGGUAUUUUUAAAAAAAUAAAAUUGAAUUCAUAUUAUGCAAGACUUUCACUUUCUAUAUAUUCACCUGGAAAAUACAGUAAUAUAGAAAUGAAAUGCAUUGUUCUUGGCACUAUCCAUAAAGUAAUAAUAAUCAAGAGACAAAUGUGCUUUCUUAGUUUAUCAAGAACCCAGUGUGAUGUUGUAGCAUAGAGAUUCCCAUUUAUAUCCCUUCUCAGAAAGCAUGCUCCUUUACUUGUUGUAUCAUUCCCAUCUAUCCCUCUUUUGACAAAUUGGGGUGGAACUUACUGCUGUGCUUUCAGAUACGUUUGGAAUCUAAAGGUGGGAGACACUCCUCGAUCAUGUUUUGCACCAAUGGAAUUCUUUUGAGAAUGCUGAUUGGUAGUGGCGCUGAUUUGCCAAAGCCAAAGUCAGAAUCUCGGGCGGGUCGUUCAAAAGAUAGAAUCUUUGAGAUAACACACAUUAUUGUGGUAACUAUUCUCUUCUUUGAUUUGCUUUAGCUCUUGCUUUCUUGUGUUGGUUGAAUCCUAAAGCAUGCGGCUAUCUCAUCUCAUCUUGGGUUUUGACAUGAAAUCUGCUGAAACCUAAAUCGCUGACUUUUCAAAGAAAAUCUGGGUGAUUGCAUGCGCCACUUUUUUCACCUUGCAGAAGAGAAUUGAGACUUCCGACCCUCAUCUCACAGUGAUUUAUUGAUUAAUAAUGUCUUUAAUGGGAACUCGACUUUAGUUGGUUAAUCGGUGCGUUCUGCGACAUUAAAUGCUUAAAAGAAUUUUAGGAGGUUACAUGAAUUGUUUACUUUGUCAAAACCGAUCAUUACUCUGUUCAUGUGAAUCGAAUAAGAUGAAGUUUCUUAUGCGACUCAGUAUUCUGACCACAUCUAUUUUUUUAUUUUUUUAUUUUUUAUUUUUUGCCUAUCGUAUUCCGAAUUUGAAACAUUAUGAACUGUGGGUUUGGUGUGAUUUGGGGUUAUGACCCUCUGACUGAAAAAAUUUCAAUGGAAGUUAUUGCCUGUUGCUUGGUGGUGGGGUUUCAUGAUUCAUGCCCGUGUUCAUCCCAUCUGUUCUUAGGAUGAAAUUCAUGAAAGGGAUCGUUUUUCUGAUUUUAUGCUGGCGAUUAUCAGGUACUCAGUCACGAAGACUAUUUCUGUUUCAGUUUCCUACCUAAGAUUACUUGACUCGUCCGAAUUCUCAACACUAACACAGUUUUUCGUUAAUGGGAUACUCGCAGAGAUCUGCUACCUCUUUGCCCCCAUCUUCGGCUGGUCAGCUCAGUUCCCUCUUCACUGCUUUUUUAUUUUAUUUUAUUGGGUCAACUGUUGCUGCUUUUUCUUUUAGGGUCUGCCAUUGUUGAGACCUUGAUUACUUUAUGUCUACGAAUCUGACAGAUCCUUAUGAGCGCCACCAUCGACGCCGAGAGAUUCUCUCGGUACUUUGGUGGCUGUCCCAUCAUUCAGGUUCCUGGGUUUACUUAUCCUGUGAGUACCACCCUUCUAAGAUCAUGAACAGCGUUGACUUUUUCCUUAUUGCUUUCUUUUUUGGGGGCAUCUUUGGUUCCAUAGUGUGCGAACGUUGACCUCUUUUUUCUCCUUUCUUUCCAGGUGAAAACCUUUUAUCUCGAGGAUGUGCUUUCAAUCCUGCAUUCUACAGACGACAACCAUCUGGAUCCCGCCUUCAUGAGUGGAAACGAAGAAGGGGCUGAACUGGAUGAGGAUUAUAUAUCUUCCUUGGACGAAUCUCUCGAUCUGGCACUGUUCUCUGAAGAUUUCGAGCCCCUCCUGGAGCUGAUUUCUUCACGGCCGGGGCCAAAGAUUCUCAAUUUUCAACAUUCGGGGACUGGCGUGUCGCCACUCAUGGUCCUCGCCGGAAGCGGGCGGGUCGCCGACGUCUGCAUGCUUCUCUCACUCGGUGCCGACUGCAGCUUGCCAGCGAAGGACGGCAGAACUGCGCUGGAUUGGGCCCAGCAGAAUAAUCACGAUGAAAUCUCCAAGAUCAUUGGAGAACACGUGCAGAAGAAUCAGGGCUCGAAGCCCGCUGAAGGGCAAGAAUUGCUCGACAAGUACAUGGCAGGCGUCAACCCAGAGCUGAUCGACACUCUGCUCAUCGAGCGGCUGCUGAGGAAGAUCUGCAGUGACUCUGUGGAAGGAGCGGUCCUGGUUUUUCUUCCCGGGUGGGACGAUAUAAACCAGACCAGGGAGAGGCUGCUAGCUUGCCCAUAUUUCCGGGACCCUAAGAAGUUUGUCAUUCUCUCUCUUCAUUCCAUGAUCCCAUCGGCGGAGCAGAAGAAGGUCUUCAAGCGGCCACCGCCCGGGGUUCGGAAGAUCAUACUCUCGACCAACAUUGCCGAGACCGCGAUCACCAUCGACGACGUCGUCUUCGUCAUUGACAGCGGCAGGAUGAAGGAGAAGAGCUACGAUCCUUACAACAAUGUGUCCACCCUCUAUUCCUCAUGGGUCUCCAAGGCUAGUGCAAGGCAGAGGGAAGGGCGUGCCGGCCGAUGUCAGGCAGGAAUCUGCUACCAUCUCUUCUCCACUGCCCGAGCGGCGUCCUUGCCGGACCACCAAGUCCCCGAGAUCAAGAGGAUGCCGAUAGAAGAACUUUGCUUGCAGGCGUGUUCUUUUAUCCUUUUCCUCUUUUGGGUCUCUUUUUUUCUUUUUUCUUUCUUUUUUUCAAUCGUCUUUUUCUUCGUCUUUGAAAAUUUUUCAGGUGAAGCUGCUGGAUGGAGACUGCAAGAUAAUGGAGUUUCUGCAGAAGAUCCUCGAUCCCCCAGUUUCAGAGGCCAUAAGCAAUGGGAUUCUGGUUCUCCAAGAUAUUGGGGCGUUGACCCACGACGAGAAGCUCACAGAGCUUGGAGAGCGGAUCGGCACCUUACCGGUCCACCCAUCGAUCAGCAAGAUGCUCUUGUUUGCCAUCCUCAUGAACUGCCUCGACCCAGCGCUCACUCUGGCCUGCGCUGCCGACUACCGGGACCCCUUCAUCCUUCCCAUGGCCCCUGCCGAGAGGAAGAACGCCACCGCUGCCAAGGAGGAGCUCUCCACUUUCUACGGCGGGCUCAGCGACCACCUCACCGUCAUAGCGGCAUUUGACUUUUGGCGGCGAGCGAAGGAUCGGGGCCUCGAGGGGCAAUUCUGCUCCAGAUUCUUCAUCUCUGCCGGCACCAUGAACAUGCUGAAUGGGAUGCGGCGGCAGCUCCAGAGCGAGCUCAUUAAGAACGGGUUCAUCCCUGAGGAUCUCUCUGGGUGCAGCUUGAAUUCUCAGGACCCGGGAAUUCUCCGGGCGGUGCUCGCCGCUGGCGGCUACCCGAUGGUGGGGAGGCUGCUGCCGCCGCUGAAGAAUUCCCGAAGGACGGUGGUGGAGACUCCCAGUGGCGCCAAGGUCAGCCUCCACCCCCAUUCCUGCAACUUCAAGCUCUCCUUCGACAGGGCAGCCGGCGGCAAGCUGCUCGUCUACGACGAGAUAACUCGGGGCGAAGGGAGGAUGUUCAUCAAGAACUGCACCGUCGUCAGCCCGUACCCGCUGCUCCUGGUGGCGACUGAGAUGGCCGUGGCGCCGGCGAAGGACAACGAUGAGGAUGAAGAAGAGAAUGGUGAUGAUGAGGAGGAAGGCUCUGUCAGUGAAGGGGAGGAGGAGGAUAAGGAGGAGAAGAUCAUGUCCUCCCCUGAGAAUGCAGUCUCUGUCGUCGUUGACCGGUGGUUGAGAUUUGAAUCGACGGCAAUUGAUGUUGCCCAGAUCUACUGCUUGAGGGAGCGCCUGGCGGCGGCGAUCUUAUUCAAGGUUUUCUUAAGAUCCUCCUCCAUCAUAAUCUUCAUCAUCAUCUUCUUCUUCUUCUUCUUCUUCUUCUUUUGUCUGAUCAUUGUCUGUAAUGGAGAUGAGCAGGUGAAGUAUCCCCGGGAGGCCCUCCCACCAGCUCUUGGGGCGUCGGUGCACUCCAUCGCCUGCAUCAUGUCAUGGGAAGGGGCUGUUGGGGCAUCUGCUGGCGGUGCCGCCGAGUCCCCGGCAGGGAGGAGGGCAGCGGACAGCAGCACGGCGAGCUUCCUCAGGUCCCUGAUGGGUGGCAGCGGCGGUGGCGGUGGCAGUGGUAGUGGCAGUGGCAGUGGCAGUGGCUCACGGUUCCGCAAGGCUCCGGGCAGCAGUGGUGGCAGUGGUGGUGGCUCACGGUUCCGCAAGGCUCCGGGCCACGGCGGCUUCUGGGCGGCGCCACCGCAGGGGCAUCCUGCGGGAGAGUUCCCCUCAAAGAAGGGGUCUUCCAAGCGGCAGCGCGACAGCGGCACCGUCUGA